CAGAAGUCAGAUGAUGUAAACAAGUAAAUAUUUUUGUGAUUUCAAUAAGAAAGUGAAUUUUAGUUUAGUUGUCAACAAUUAUUCGAUUGGAUAUUCGACAAAUCUUAAUGUUAAGAUUGUGAUAAAUACGAGAACAAUGUUUUUAAACGGUCUCUGGAUUGCUUUUACAAUAACAGCAAGUGCUGUAACAACACAUGCCUUGAAACCAGCUCUGUUUUUGACUCCAUUUAUAAAGCAGAACAAAACAGAAGAAGCAAGACUUUUAUCCCGAGUUGAUCCAGAAAACUUUCUCAAUGUGACCAGUUAUUCUGGCUUUCUUACUGUUGAUGAGACACAUAAUUCGAAUUUAUUCUUUUGGUACUUUCCUGCAUCUAAUAAGAAAGGAUCAAACACAGAAUGGAUCAUUUGGCUGCAAGGGGGGCCGGGUGCCACCAGCCUUGUGGGGCUUUUUUCUGAAAUGGGACCUUUUGAAUAUAUCGAUGACCAAUUGAAAUUGAGAGAAACUUCAUGGUGUAAAGACUUCUCCAUGGUGUUCAUAGACAACCCUGUUGGUACUGGUUUCAGCUUCACAGACACUCCAGAUGGUUAUUCUACAAAUAUGGAUAUGUAUUCGGAGAACUUGUAUCGCGCGGUGAAGCAGCUCGUGGUAGUGUAUCCCGAGCUGGGCCCGUCACCGCUGUUCGUGGCGGGCGAGUCGUACGCCGGCCGGUACGUGCCCGGUCUCGCCGAUAAGAUAUUGGAAGGUACGAAGACUUCUGAUAACAGCAUCAAUUUAAAGGGUAUAAUAAUGGGUAACCCUGUUAUAGACCGCCAAAGUGUAGUUGACUUUACCCGAGUGUUCUAUAACUGGGGCCUGGUUGACUCUCAGGGAGCGUUAGCGGCGAAAUCUCUCCAGGAACAAUUUAACAAAGCCGUUCAGAACGAAGACUCUGUCGCUGCGUCCGAACUACGCGACCGAGUUUUGGACAAAUUACAAGAUAUAGCUUUCAAAGGCGAAACUUACAAUUUGCUCAAGGAACAUGCCAUCGCGCAUGUUAAAGACUUCGUCCCUUAUAUAACUCAAGACAGCAUUAGAGACAAAAUCCACGUCGGUGACAAAAAGUUCAACUUUCACAACUAUGAUGUGCAGAAAUAUCUUAAAACGGAUUUCUUGGCAUCCGUGUCUCCGAAAGUUGAAAAACUGCUGGAACACUGCAGAGUCUUAAUAUAUUGUGGGCAGCUGGACCUGACAACGCCAUGCGUGCUGAGCGCGGAGGCGCGGCGCGGGCGCUGGCGCUGGGGCCGCCGCGGGGACUUCCUGGCCGCGCCGCGGACGCCGUGGUGGCUCAACGAGACUGUCGCUGGAUAUGUAAAGUCGGGAGGUGGCUUCACCGAAGUACAAGUCAAUGGUGCGGGUCACUUAGUUCCAAUGGACAAGCCGGUUCAAGCAAAGUCACUCGUUACUAACUUCAUUCUGAACCGAAACUUUACCAUGCCGCCAACCUACAAAAUAAAUUAUGAAGAUAUCCCGAAUUACGAAGAAUAUACAGACCUCAGUCAUUAUGAAAACUCGGAAUUUAAAUAUGGUUUAAUCGCAAGCGUGAUCGUUAACGUACUUUUGGUGAUAGGUGCAGCUGCGGGGCUAGUGAUGUUCAUCAGGUGGAAGAGACAGAACGAAUUCUUUUACUCGCCUUUGAAUGAAGGUAUACUGACAAUGACGUGAUGACGCAGCGAUACUGACAAACGAUACGUACAGCCCGUACGACUUAACUUAUAGGCAACUCCAAUUGGAGAAGGACAUAUACUCUAUUCCAUCCAUAACAGGAAAAAAGCCAAAUAAACAACAUUUGACAACAAAUGGACGUGAUAUCAUU